AUGCCCCAGCGCAGUGCCGAGGACGCCCUCUAUAAUCUAAUGAGUCACAUCAGAAGCAAACUCCACGAGAAAAAGAUGAUAGUGCUAAUAUCCCUGGAUAUAGAGGGCGCCUUCGACAGCGCUUGGUGGCCGAUGAUAAGGGUCCGGCUGGCUGAGGAAAAAUGCCCGGUAAAUCUGAGACGAGUAAUCGAUAGCUACCUGAGGGACAGGGCAGUCGAAGUAAGGUAUGCUGGAGCACGGGCAACGCGUCAAACGGAGAUAGGAUGUGUGCAGGGUUCGAUAGGGGGACCACUAUUGUGGAAUGUCCUCCUAGACCCCCUAUUGAGACAGCUAGAACAUCAAGGCGUCUACUGCCAAGCGUUCGCGGACGAUGUCGCGCUGGUAUUUGAUGGGUGGACGGCCCUCGACAUUGAAAGUCGUGCAAAUGCCGGCCUCGAACAUGUUCGGAAGUGGGGUGUCGUUAGCAGGCUGCGAUUCGCACCGCACAAAACAUGUGCGAUGCUAAUCACACGCAAGCUGAAAUACGACACACCACGUCUGAGCAUGGGCGGGGUCGCCAUAGGCAUGACCGAAAGUGUCAAACUUCUGGGACUUACCAUCGACCACCGGUUGACCUUCAACGCCCAUAUGGCUGCUGUUUGUAAGAAGGCGAUAGCCAUCUACAAACAGCUGGCCAGGGCGGCAAAGGUGAACUGGGGUCUGCACCCAGAAGUUACGAGGACAAUAUACACAGCGGUGGUGGAGCCGAUAAUCAUGUAUGCGGCAAGCGCGUGGUCGGAAUCGGUGACGAAGAUAGAGUUCCGGAGGCAGCUGAGCGUGGUGCAGAGGGGCUUCGCCCAAAAAAUCUGCAGGGCUUACCGCACGGUGUCUCUGAACUCCGCACUGGUACUGUCAGGAAUUCUCCCUCUAGACCUCCGUAUACGUGAGGCCGCCUCACUGUACGAGGCGAGGAGGGGGAAGGCCGACGGGCUAGUGGGAGACAGGGACGUCGAACGGAUGACGCCAGCGGCAGACAAGCCCCAUCCGGCCGAGCAGGGGAGGCUGGAGUUCCGGGACCUGGUAGACGAGGAACAAUAUAAAACAGCGCAACAAGAUUGCGAGAUAAGAAUAUUCACCGAUGGGAGCAAGAUUGAGGGUCGGGUCGGUGCGGCUCUGUCGGUAUGGAACAGGGCGACCGAAACAAAGGCCCUCAAGCUUGCUCUCUCGGCACACUGCACCGUCUACCAGGCGGAACUCCUGGCUCUGAGCAGGGCGGUUGGGAUAGCAUCAGAACAUCCUGCUACCACAAUCGGCAUCCUCAGCGACUCCAGGGCAGCACUGCAAACGGUUGCAAAUCCGAAAGCCUCCCACCCCCUAGCGGAAGAAUUUAGAAGAAGGCACACUCAGUGUAAACAAAACGGGAAAACAAUAAACAUCUAUUGGAUUAAGGCACAUGCGGGGUGGGAAGGAAACGAGAGGGCAGACCAUCUCGCCAAGGAAGCUGCCCUGAAGUCGAAGAGGAGGUCAGACUACGACUGGUGUCCGGUCUCAUUCGCCAAACGUCUGAUCCGGGAUCGGACGAUUGCCGAAUGGGAUAGGCGGUACCAGUCUGGCGAGACUGCUUCCGUAACGAAACUCUUCUUCCCGAGCGCGGCCGAUGCGUACAGGGUCGUCGGCAAAAUCACCGCAGACAAAUACAUCACCCAGCUGUUCACGGGACACGGCGGAUUCCGGGCGUAUCUGCACCGUUUUCGGUGCCGCGAGAAUCCGUCGUGCCCAUGUGACCAGCACACACCCGAAACACUAUUACACAUUAUAUCACAAUGCCCUCGCUUUGGAAGGAAAAGAAUGGAUCUAGAAAUAGAAAUAGAAAUGGAAAUAAAGUCAGAAAAUUUCAAGGAAAUUAUAAAGAAAAAAAAGAAAAUAGAGAAAAAUUUUUAA